GGGAUAAACUGUUGUGAAGUUGAGUGUCCAACAUGCAGAAUUGUAACUGUGCUCAGAGGAGGCAUCUGUAUGACUACGUAGCUCAUCCUUCUCUUCGGUCAUUUCCCAAACGCAGUGGCAGUGUCCAGACUCUGACCACCCGGUAACAACCCCGCCCCCCCUUUACCGUCUGCGCAAGAAGGAACUGCGCGUCCUGCUAGGCCCAGCCGACCGCAUCGACAAGCGCCACACCGCCGGCGGCGGGAUUGACCAGAGCCAUGGGCAAGCAGAACAGCAAGCUGAAGCCCGAGGUCCUGGAAGACCUCCGGCAGAACACCGAGUUCUCGGACGCCGAGAUCCAGGAGUGGUACAAGGGCUUCCUCAAGGACUGCCCUAGUGGCCACCUCUCUAUUGAGGAGUUCAAAAAGAUCUACGGCAACUUCUUCCCCUAUGGGGACGCGUCCAAGUUCGCCGAGCACGUGUUCCGCACUUUUGACGCCAACGGGGACGGCACCAUCGACUUUCGCGAGUUCCUGUGCGCGCUGAGCGUGACGUCGCGUGGCCGCCUUGAGCAGAAGCUCAAGUGGGCCUUCAGCAUGUACGACCUGGACGGCAACGGCUACAUCUCGCGCCAGGAGAUGCUUGAGAUAGUCACGGCCAUUUACAAGAUGGUGGGGUCUGUGAUGAAGAUGCCAGAGGAUGAGUCCACGCCCGAGAAGCGCACCGACAAGAUCUUCCGGCAGAUGGACAAGAACAUGGACGGCAAACUCUCGCUGGAGGAGUUUAUUGAGGGCGCCAAAAGUGAUCCCCUCGAUUGUGCGGCUACUCCAGUGCGACCCCCAGUCCUCCCACUGAUCACAGCGGCCACUGCCUCCCGUUGCCGCUGCCACUCCUCCACCUCCUUCGCGCUGCCCGGCCCACUCACCGGUGCAUCAAGCCGCCAACGCCGCUGUUUAUCUAUGCUCCCGCCAGGCCAGCCAAUCACGAGCGAGCACGAAAGCUGUCUCUUUCUAUUCGGCGUUUUACCGGGGAACUCGCAUCCUGCACGCUUUUCUCUGCCCCCUGUCUCCUCUUUCUCGCUUGUCGUCUAUGUCUGCCACACUUUCUCGAGCUUUGUGGCAAAAGGUCGUUGCCAGAUGGAACUGCGUCUUUGACAAAUUUUGACUGUAUGUCUGCAGAACUGGAUGGCCCGUUUCAUUUCAUUUGUUUCAUCCUUGAUUGCCGGAAGGCUUGAAGUACAUUUGCCAGAAGGUUUAACUCAAUCACUGUAGAAACAGUGGCUUCAAUUUAGCAAGCUUGGUCUGCAUGGAGCAAAAUAUUGAAUGCUGUGAAAGGAAGAUGCACCAAAACUGGCAUUGAAAAGGCACCCCCGCCAGAAAGCUCGAACAGCCUCUGCAGGAGUGUUUAUGUGGGUAUACACAUAUUUGUUGUUAGCUUGGCAUUCAUGUUUCAUCCAAUGACAUUGAGGCCAUGUGCAUAAUCUGAUAAUCUAUAUUGAAUUAAUUCUUCGACUACAAUCAUUUCAAGCUCAGCUGUUUAUUUGGAGUUACACAAGUGAACGAGCCAAUGUGUGGUCAUCCCUAACUGUGGCUUGUUGAGAACCGCUAUAAUGUUUCACUAAUGCAAUACAUUUUCUACGGUUGCAAGGUUUUGGAUGUAUCUGCUGUCUUCGAACAUUUAGAAAAUGAUGAUUUGAAAGAUGAAAGUAGGAAGGACCAUAGAAGAGUGACAAAGAAUUCAUUGGGAUUUUUUGUAACCACCUUCAUUUAUGUGCAGAUGAUGCAAAUGCAGUGCAACUGGGUAAAGAGUAAACAACUUAAUGUUGUGAAAUUGCAGGGGAUUGCAAUUACAGGCAGCCUGACCGACUUCAUAGAAGCCACUAUAAUGUAGCACUAGCCCUAUGGGAAGCCGCGUCUGUGCACAUUGCAUGAUUGUUUUCAGUGCUCCGCGUGGUGUUUCAACAUUAUUCUAGUACUGAUUUUGAUGAUCAGCAGCAGUGAAUGUGCUGCAUUGACAUAGUCCUAGCCACUGUGUUCAUCAGUGGACUGCGAAAACACUUGUGUGAUGUUGCAUGAAAGUUAUUCGAAACUGCCGUAUUUUCUCGCAUAAUAGGUGCACCCCGAACUUGGCCGUGAUCAGUAGUUCUGUACCGUAUAUGUUCGAGCUUGUUCACCACACAGUAGUUUGCUUUGCAAUGUGGAAUCAUUGCAAGAAUGGUCACGCCAGUGGAUGUGCUCUUCUCGCUUGCACCAGUGUACCACAGGUGUGCCACCAGUGGUACAUCAGAUUAGCAUGUGGCUACCACACCAAUAGCAUUGCUAUUGCACCAGCGUGUACCAGUUGUUGUGGAGGGCAGUUUGAUUCAUUCUGAUGCGUUGAUUCGGUCGCAAGGACGGUCUGUAUAUAAAGUUGUAUUGCUUUGUGAGACGGUUUUACGGCUAGCCUCCCUAGCAAUGACUUCAAUGUUAUCUUCAAAUCACAUUAGAGAAUGUGCACUGUUAAGUGAAAAAUCAAAGUGCUUCAACCUAUGAAGUCUGUUCUGCUGAUGUGUGUGGCUUGAGUUUUUUUUUUAAUUUUAUUAAUGCAUAGCUGGUUAAGAAUAAAUGAGGCUUACACAAGUUGUUGCUUUGAUGUGGGGAUAAGGCUUUCAAAUUCUUGCUUAAAGUUAUUGGUUCCUCAAAGAAUGGCCCUUUCAUAAGCAGUAUGCAGGACGAGUCGUGACUUGACAAUUUUAUGGCCAUUGGCUUUUUGUGUUGUGCUCCUGUACUUUCUAUUCUGAGCACCAUAACAGGAUGUCUUUGCGCUGCACUGUCCAGGGUUCUUGACAGCAGAAUCACUGAAUGCGCCCACAUGCUGGCACUGUUGAGGUUGCUAAAUCGCACAAAACCCGCGGGCUGAGAAAUAUAAAAUAAGCUCUAGUGAGAGGCAUGUCUCGAAGCUUGUACAACUUGAAAAGACAAAAAGAAAAAGCUGAUACUUUUUUAAAGCUUUCACACAUUCAGUGGCUACGUGAGCCUUUGCAAGCGUUUGCACUACCAAUUUUAGUCCUCGCUUCAUGCAUUUUUGUUUUGAUUGCAUGCUUCAGUGGCCAGUAAUGCUUUUUUAACACCGUUCGAUCCAGCUUUGCGAGUUUCAGGAGAAUGCUCAUUGUGCAGACUGGUAGACUGCAGUGGUGUCCUUAGUCAUUAGUGCUUGCCAACUCAUUUGAGGUUGGGCAAGAGCUGUGGCCGUACGGCUGUACUCAGAAUUUUUCGCCUGCGAAUGCAGAAGUACUGUCACUAGCUGCAGUACCGCUGCGAUCGAACUACUCAACCACCGAAAACUUUCGGUCUCUUUCGUACACGAUUUUCUGGGCAUCUGCGUGACUGCAAUGCCGUGAAGACAUUACUAGUGCGUAACGUUUCGCUUCUACUUGUUACGUUGAAGUGACCACUGUUGAAGCUGGGGGUGUCGUUCCUGGACAUCUUCCGUUUGAUGCAGAAGUGACGGUUUUUGAGGCUUGUAUUUUAAUUUACGGAUGUUUUAUUUUUUAACAUUGCACUACUCGUUACGCCGAAGUGACCGCUAUUGAAGCUGGGAGUGUUGUUCAUGGACAUCUUCCGUUUGAUGCAGAAGUGACGGUUUUCGAGGCUUGUAUUGUCGUUUAUGGACAUUUUAUUUCUUAACAUUGCAUUUGUCUGUCGGGUCGUGAACUUCUUGAAUGUUGUUUUCGGUGCUCCAAAAAGACGUCUGCCAUGAAUGUUUAAAAAAUGCACAACUAUUGAAGGUUUGUGCAUUUGCCAUUUCUUUAUUGCUUCAAUUUGUUUUGCUCAAAUAAUUAGUUAACUCUGCUGGCAUUUUACUUGGGCUUUCAACAGAUUGGGUACUGAGAAUAUCUUAAGCAUCAUCUGGCAGCAAAGCAUGCAAGGCCACACAAUCAUCGUCGCUCAUUCCCUGCCCAGGUCGAUGCCCAAUACCGCUAUUUGGAAGUCACAUUUCAGUGAAUAUUGCAUCCGUAUUCUUUGACUUUUUCUCAUUUUUAUUUGAUUGUUCCUGUGCAUUUGAAACCUCCUUUUAUUCUAUUGUAUAUCUCAUUCAUCUUUUGAUAUAGCACUGACAAAUGAUAAUGUUUCUGAUGAAUUUAUAUUUUUGAUGCAGUAGCAUCAAUAACUUGAAUUGAUAUGUUUUGAAUCAGUAGCACAAACACUUAUAUGAACUUAUGCAAAGCACAUGCAAAAAAAAAAACUAAGAUUCAUUACGUAAACAGGUACAUUAUUAAAAUUAGGAUAAACUUUUACUAUAAUAAACAUAAAACAAAUGUGAAUGCUUAGUUUUAAAUUUCGUCUCGCCUGUCGUGCAAAGAACUGAAUAUGAAUAGACUUGAGAAUGGCACGCACUUCUGUAUGUCAAGUUUUCUUUCUUGCGUAUUUUAGUAGAGUUUGCUCAGUUUUAUUGAGGUGUGUUAAUGAGAGACUUCUAAGGGUGUUUGGUUAUGGUGAAAACGGUCGCUGUCAACUGUCCCAUGCAGUUCAAUAUUGUGCCAGUGUCUACUUAGUAAGGCCCUUCUUUCACUGCAGCAACUUUUUUUAGCUUAUGACGGGCGUAUAGAAAAAUCCUUGCCCUUCCAAUUCCUCACCUGCUUUCAUCUUUCCCGGUGAUUUUUUGUACGCCUUAGGCGGGAUGCCCGGUGGCUGUAGCUGCAAAUGGUGCUUUCGCAAAGUCUAUAGAAAAUUCGUGGCUUGGAGAAAGUCACAGAAAGGCCGUCAUGGAGUGGCAUCAAUCUCAAGGUCGUUCGCGCCGAUGGCGCCUUUCCCGUUGGCUCGGUGUAGCAACACAGGCUCUGCAGUGCUCGCUAUGAGGCUUUGUACAGCGUCGGCGACGGGGUCUGGAGACUAGAGAAUGAAGCACGUUGCCCAGUUAUGCAAACGUCACUCUGGUCUGGAUGAACUAAGGUCUAGGGCUUAGGUCUAACAUUGAAAGGAAAGACAAGAAGUCGGAGCCAGGCAUUGCUCAAAGGUGUCACAAUGCAGGCGGGCAGCAGAACAAGGCAUCAGCAAACAAAGUGCAACGGCACUGUACUGCUGCGUUUUUUUUAAACACGGUGAGACUGUUAAAAUUUUUUUUGCCUUGCGGACUGCAUGUAUAAAAUAACGCAUUUAUGGAGUGAAAACAGCCAGCUGGAAAAGUGUGCGCUCUUUCUGCGUAACUGUGUGAUAACCUCUGAAAGGACACUCCUUGGUGUCGUAAUGUUUUUGCGCACAGGUGCCGCCCUCCGUUGCUAGUGGCGCCAGCUUGUGAGCUACAGCUGCUUCACCGGAAGUUCACGUUGAGUGGCUAGUCUUGACAGCUUUUUCCUGCGCCUUUCUCUUGUUUUACGUCAGGUUAGCCGGUCACCUGGACAUGUUGGAUUAUGCGCAGAUACCGCUGUCUCUUGGUGGCUGUUCCACGAGUUGACGCUUCCGGUUCUCUUUCUUUUUUAUCUAGAAACCACAUGUCGUAUGAUUACUCUUGCACCACAUUCAAGAAGUCUUUCGCGUCGUUGUCAUGCUUGAGAAGAAGCAUUCAAAUUGUAAUUCAUGGGUCCUGGGAGUGUACUUCUAACAUUAGCAGAGUGUCAUCCUGCGACGCCUUGCAUUAGUAUUGUCCGCAAGUCGUUCAUCAAGUGGUUCCUUUCCAACGCAACUUGCAUGGUCACCAGCAGUCUUUCUUUCUCCUUUCAUUUCACUUUGGGGGUAGGAAUGAAAGCCAGCCGAUGUACCGGCUGUGGCAUGCAACCCGAUGGGUUGGUCCAUGUUACGCACUCGGUAGACAAGCUUUUCACUAUCCUCAAAUACACCCCAUUUUCGAGUCAGCUUUAAACUCUGCGUGCCAUAUUGCAGCCUCUCAAGUGAAUUUGCAACAUUUUUCGCUGUCUUCUUGUCAUACGUGACAGUCGUUUGUGUAAUUAUGUUUUGUAUCGAAUAGCUUUUGUGCAACUCUGAAGACGUUUUGCUGUCUUCUCUCAUUCAGUUCCCUUUAGACCGAAGGUGUCACCGAAUCUCGCAUGUCUAUCAUCUUUGCGAAAGGGAGCGCCGAAGCUUGAAGUGGGUGCUGGUGCUUUUGGUUUUUUGUGUAUUUUCUCUCUGCUUGCGACUGCUGCACCUUCAUUACGAUAAGCUAAUAUUUCCCAAUUGUUUUCACCUUUGCGGCGUUUAUGGUACACAUUUCCCCCCAUACUCUUUCGAGGGUUUUUAUACUCAAGUUGCUGCAUGGCUUUUUUACAUUUAUUACACUCGUCCGCUACACCAAGCCACUUUGAAUGCCGACAUUAUCAACAUUGUGUAAGGUUGCUUUUGCGAACACUUGUAGUGCAAGCGCACUUGUAAAGGCCUGCUCCUGCGCGUGAGAUUCCGGUUUGCUGCCGGGAUGGCCACCUUGUGUUACUCCCGCUUCGGACUUCCUAUAACGUUCCUAGUGUGGAGUGAUGUGCGCGAAACGUUUGGUGGUUUCUCUCUUUUUGUCAUGCCCAUUUGUGUUGUGCUAUCUCCCGGAAUAUGCACCAGUGCUUUUGUAGCUAGCAAACGUGUCAUAUCUUGAUUAUGAAAAAUUUCCUUGUAAACACUCGCUGUUCAGUGAUAUGAAAACUUGCGCUUUGCUUCGUGUUGUGUUCACAUAUUCACUGCACAUUCCUGCAAUCGUGCUGCUGUUGACAUAAAAAGCUAAACUGAAAACUGUUUCUUGGUGGGCACAACUUGGUUCCCCCUGUGACAUAGUGGUUGAUCAAAAAGGCGAUGAGAAACCAGCGCAGUUAAUUGCUGCUCACCUCUGGAGUCCUCCGUUGUAGUUUGUCCCAACAAGGUGCAGGCGUCAAGCACGAACAAGUUCUGCUUCAGUUUGCAUAGCAAGCGUUCACAGCAUGUACCAAUGAGUGUUGCAAGCCGACUUAUUCGGAAAGCACUUAAGAACUGCCCCUGCUGCACGGCAAGCUAGAUGAGACCCAAAUGUACAUGGGCAACAGGGUUAACAUUCUCAUUCAAUGGGCAAUAAUGCUGUUCCGAUUUCCGAUGAUUGUGAACUCUCCCACUGAUUGUUUGGGACGAUUCUAUUUAACUUUGCAUUCUGUACUAAACUUUUGCAGCUUAUUUUAGUCUUGACAUAUUGAGACACAGCUUGUGUCCUUGAUGUGGGUCAUCACAAAGACAUUGGUGGUUGGACAGUUUUUGGAUCUGUAACAGUUCAUGAGCAGCACUUAAUGAGUAAGCAGCUUGGAUUCAUAAAAUUAUUAGCUUUAAGUAUAAUUUGUGUUGGUAUGACAUUGGUUUUGACAACUAGUUUUGGUCAAGCGUAUCAUGUGACCCUAUUUCAGAGGAGGGACUUCGCAUAGUCACGUUGACGCUGACUACACAUACAAGCUUUGCUAGGCUGUCUAUUUGCCAGAUGAUGGAGCUGGACUCUCCUAGUUGGAAAACCAUGCCGGACUAUGCGAAAACUCUGCGGACAUAAUGGUUGCAGAACAGUCGCACAAACGUGGUUAAUGCCAUUAAGUGUGACUUCGACAUUGAUUCACAACGGAAGCAUGAUUACUGCAUCCGCAUGUCUCAGCCGAGGGUUGAUGCCAAUCAAACAGUAUUUUCCGCUGUCUUCCUGCCUGGCUACACUUCCAGUGCACCAUGGCACUGCACUUCUGUUUUCUCUCGUCUGGCUCGUAAGAUAUUUGAGUUGUACUACUGCGCUUGCUUAUUUAUUUCGAACAUGGGUGACUGCAACUUUGAAAUGGGAAUGUUUCGCUUUCUCACUUGUCCUUUUGAACGUGAAAGGUUGUGAAGUGCUUGUUCAGCUUGGCUGUAACCACUGUGUGAUUGAGUGAAAGGCAAAAUGCACCGACUUUCAAACCACAGCUACACAAUAUGCAGAAUGUGGAGUGAGUAUUUGUGGGCAAACAGGCACAUCUUUCAAUCCUUGAGGUCGCUAGCUUUAGUCUUCUCCAAAACGCAAGAGAGAAACUUCUGCAUUUUAGCACGGCGAGAGCUUUUCAUCGUUCUCCGACCAAGAAGGUGUGCAUGGUUCGUGGACGGUGAAAAUUUUGUGUUGUGGGAGAAAUGAACACUUUGGAUCCGCUACUAUGUGUGUUGUAGUUUGAAAUUUCGUGGUUCAUCUUUUUCCCUCUUUCAUUUAGCGCUAACAGAGACAUUUUGGUUUCUAUCCUCAGUGUACACUGCAUGAAAAUUUUGCUUCUGUCGAGCUUAUUAACCUAUCGAAAGUUUUAAACAUUGAAGAUCACCUUAAGAAUCUGCUGCAGACAUUCAGGUACAUGCUCAUGCGUGUACCUUUGCGACUUUAAGAAGUAAUGUCGGGUACUUGGCAUGAAAAUCUCGAUAUGGGCGAACUCAGGUGAAUGUGGUUAGAAAAAAAAUGUAAGGAGGGUAAGCAACCACGGCAAUGCGACAUGCUAUCUGUAUAAACCCCCUUGCCACUGUGGUGGCCGUGUCCAUCUAGCAUCUCGGAAACGCCGAGAAGGAAUGUAGAUGCCUGUCUUUCCAGGCGAGCUGUCGUCACUUCUGCAGAUCGCUUUGCGUCGUGCAGGGCUUGUACCAAACGCCUCUCACUCUUGUGGUUGGUGCUAGCAUGGUGGAUAAAAGAAAAAUCUAUCUCGACGUUGUAAUCGGUAGGUGGUAGGCAAAGGUUUUAGGCUGGUCUCUUUGACUCUCACUUCUGCGGCCCCCAUGGUGUUUAUGCCAAAAUGCAUAAGAUGCUGAUACGGUUACCCUUUAUGGGAAAGGUAGAAAUUGCUGUUACGUUCUGGUUUUAUGGCAGUGGUGUGGUAGAGCUGUAGGAGUUAGUGCCUGUAUAUAUACAUACAUGUAUAUAUACACAGGGGCAUAUAUCUACAUGUUCAUAUGUGUGUGUAUUAUGAACAAUCAGACACUUUUUAAAAGGGACAUUUUAUUGCUAGCAUGUUUUGGAUGAUGGUUGCGCUGUGGAGAAGGGGGGGCUAGUAGUGAAGAGGUGGAGGAGAAAAGGAAAGAAUUAGGAGAGGUAGUAAAACAUCACUGUUUAGCGUAAGUGGUGAUGUCAUCACUCUCUGGUCAUGAGCAAGAGGUGGUUCUUCCUGAAAUUGAAAGAAUGGCAAUAUUCUGCAGCCCUCGAGGGAAAGCUUCACUCGUACUGAUUUUUAUUGCGACGCACGGCAUGACAAUGUACAUCAUGGUGACUGUUUCAAGCAGCAUCUUCUGGAUUUCGGUGUGAGUCAUCAUUGUGGCUGUGUCGUUUUAAGUUUCUCUGUUAUUUGGAUGUCUAGACGUAAAAUAGAGCAGUACUGGAUUAAGCUUGUCCGCUACAGUAGACUGUAUAGUUACGAGCUCUGUAGGCGUACUUUAUCGUAAAAUGGGUAUACCGCUCAAAGACCAAACUGUGAACAGCUCACUUUGGGGGGUAAAUGGUAAACGAAAAAGAAAAUGGAGUGGUCAGAUGGAGACAACGGAAGGGGAACAGAUGGGAAAAUCGUCUGUUUUCUCUCAUGCGUCAUCUGUCGUUCACACUGUUUUGCUUUUGUAUUAUGUGCUGUAUUUACAAACUCAUCCACUUGUGGUAGUUUUCACAGGCGCUGUGAUUAAGUUGCCAGCCUUGAGUGUCGUGGCAAUACGUGUGGUUGACAUUUCACUCUCGUAUUCACAUUAGAACAGCAUGGAACGUUCACAUGGUAUUCGAAAUAUUGCUCAGACUCAUUUGACACUUGUAGCCUACGCAUUGCACAAGCUAAAUACAAAUAAAAGGAGUGCUUCAAGUGCAGGUGCUGAGAAUGUCGCACACAAAUUCAUUUCACAGCUUCAUCCCUCCGAUAAGUGUCCGAUCGAGCUGAAAGUUUGAUGUAAUGUACGAUUCAAUUGGUCGCUGUUUGUGCAGACUCGACCGGAGUGCACAUUCACCUUCAAAGAGAAACCUUGUUUUCUUUUAUGUGUGCAUGUGAUGCAAGAUGCCCUGGUGAUAUAAAUGUCGUGUCCUACUAUUUACUGGCUACAACAAAAAUGUCUCGAUGAUUGCCAUGAAGUGAUUUUUUUCUAAUGUGGGUGCAAACAAUAGGCUAUAGCUUGUGCUGAUGUUAUGAAACACUUGGCUUUUUCUCUCUCUCUUGUUUACAUAACAAUGGGCGCUAUGCAUCUUGACACUACACGACGUAUCAUUCAUGGCUGCAGUGAUGUGAAUGCAGAGAAAUACAUGGUGCUUUUCUGCUUGGCACAAUUAUCUCGUGAUCUGUACUUUGAUGCCGAGUUCUUGUGGUGGGCUGUAUGAUUCCUUCUACAGGCUGUUGAUGAAAAGGGAGUGCCCAAAAGGCGAAACACCUUUGUUGUUACCAGUCAUCUCAAGAUUGUCAAAACUAGCACAGGAGUAGAGAGCUCACGAUUCUUGUGCUAUGUUGAUCUUGUCAUGGUGCUAACACACACACACACGCAUAAAGAAAAUUUGUCCCCUUCGAGCUGCAGUAUUGUAAAAGCAGCAGUUUGGCGCCCUGCAACGUGUGCACUUCAUUUGAAGGUUGAGGUGCUAUUUGAAGUUAUGAUGUGGAACUUCGUUAGAAGGUUGAUGUGGAAUGAAAUGGCCAGGAGUCCUUGUGCUAGUCCCGGAUGAGCAUUUGUGAACAGCAUUUUCAGGCGUUUCUAUGUGUCCAUUUUUUCAGCAUUCUUGCUACUGCACGCUCGUCUUUAGCGAAAACAGGAAAUCAACGGUGUAACUCUUCUUCCUUCAAAUUGCUUGAUUUGCGUAAAAUAAGUGCUUUUUCAUUAAAAUAGUUUGUCAGAGGGAAAUAUGAGUAGGUAUAACGAGGCUUGCCUGCUUGAUUGCUCCUAGAUGAAUAGCAACUACUCACUUAGGGGAAUUGGCAUUGGUGUAGUUUGCCUACUUUAUGUUGCUUAUACCACUUUGGAGGAUUUGCCAAGAGUUAGGUGAUUUUAUAAAUUUAUAUAAAUGCAACAGUAAUUAUGUUUGCUAAGUGCCGUCUUUUUCGUCGACUACUCAUGCAAGCGUUUUACUUGUUUCCUGAGUGAAAGCUCUGAAGUAGGAAGUGGCUUGUGUAUUUUGUAAAGUAAGAACUUGAAGGAUGAAACGAAAGAAGAGAAAACACAUUCAGCAGCACCAAAAUGGAAAUACAUGUGACAUUCACUACCAUACAGGACUCGGCAGAAGCACAGGUGUAGCUUUUGUGCUCUCAAUUGUGUUCUCAAUAAGAAAAAAAGCAGUGCCCAUUCUUUAGACAGUUGCAGCUGCUCGCUGUACACAUGUCAACUACUCUGUCACACUACUGUGUAUGUGCUUCAUACUUUGCUGUGGCCUCUGACAGUCUUUAUUGCAGUAUAGUUUACAGGUAGGUAUACAGGGCAAUACUUUUGUGGUUGUAGUUGUGCAACUGAAAAAUUUCAGGAAUACAGGAACUUAUGGGAACAAGCGUAUUGACCCAGUGGUAUUGCGUUAUAUUCACUUCGAAUCCCUGUUACACAUCACAAAGUUCAGAACUUUCAUUGGAUGUUGCAACUUGUCUUUACCAUGCAUGGAGCAUGUUUAGCGUCGCAUAAGAGCUGUUACUAGUCACGGAGAAGAAGUUCAUCGGUGUUUCAGUGCUGUUUCAUUGUGGAAAUUCUCAGGCAUAGUGACUGCUAUUAAAAGCAUUUUACUGCUCUUGUGCAAUUUUGUGCCUAGCAAAUGCAAGGACAUGAUCCAGGCAUUGUUUAUGGCACUUUGGUUAAUUGGAGCGCACUUUGUAUACAGUUUGAAAUUUAAUGCAGCAUCCACUGAUGUCUUAAACAGGACUUCUUCUGGUGUGUGAGCUCUGUAACAACACUCUUGUGGGAAGAGGUGAAAGCAUUAAAGAUUGUUAAUCUGUGUAGAACAGUUGAGCCCAAGUUCAACUGUAGUAGACAAGUUCUUACACGGGUGCUCGUAAAACAUUGUUUUACACUCCACUAAUCUGUCUUCGCCAUGCAUGCCAAAAGUAAAGUUGACGAAGUGCUGUUUUUUUCAUACCAGCCAAUGUUGAUUUUUCAUGCACGUUGUCAUCUUGACUAGCUUUCUUUCUUGCUGAAUGUUGUUUGGAUUCAUGGAAGCAAGUCGGCAGUCUCUGUUGGUGUAUGUUGCCUUCUUUAUUAAAUCAUCUUCUUUUUGACCGGUAAAAAGGGUGACUUAGAAGAGGGCCGCCUUGUUUACUGGUCUAUAGUGGAAGCAUUACUGAUGCGUGCAUGAAGUCAAGGUGUGAAACACGAGCGUGAUCAUUGUUUUAGGUGGCACCCUUCCUUUAGAGGCAGCAGAUUUCGAAACUUGCUCGCUGCGCGCUUAGCACUCCAAUUUCAAAACCCUUUGUAGCCUGGAAAGUUCCUCAGGACUGUAGGCGUGUAGACAACUUGUAGAGCCGAGGUCUUGCUCACUUCAUUCGUGCUAAAAGAAGUGUAUGUACAGGAACUUCAACUUUAUUGUCCGUUGCUAGAUUGAAGAGCAUUCUGUCAUGACCUAACAUCAAUCUGUUAAUGUUGAGAAGUCGGCAGACUGUAGAAUUUCAGAAUUAAGUUACUACUUUUUAGAAGAAGGUGUAACUAGUACUAGAAUCGCAAGCAGUGUAAAUAGGAAUUGGGCAACUAGCCACCUCCUAGUUAACCAGCUAAUCAUUAAGUAUGAGUGCAAUAUUGGCUUUAGCGACAUUUCUGCAGGUGGAAGGCAACAACUGAUUACCACGUCGAACUGGAAAACUUAAUUUUUAAAGAGAACUGUAGAAGUCGACCCUUAAAUUCAAGCAGCUGUUUACUCUGUUAAAAUUUACAAAAAAAGAUUUAAGCCGUGCAGUUCUGACUGACUUACUGUCAGUUCAGCAGAUGUACUAAACCGUCUUAGCUUCUGCUUUAUACAAAAUUUAACGUAUAGCUCUACAUUGACUCAGGGUCAAUUAUACAAACGCAAAGACACCUUGUAGCCUUGUAUUUAAAAGGCAACUUUGCACCAUGAUUGUGAGCUUCCUGCACUGUACUUUCAAUUAUUAAAUCUUCUUUGAUUGAAUAUCUACUGCAUCCUAUUGACUCGUAAAAACAUUUGAUCGUAUACAGUGACGUGCUUGUUUCUCAAGCCGUUUUCAAGCAAUACCUAUCUUUAUUUAAAUAAAUGUGUGCUAUAGAUGGGCGGUUUGUAACGUUGAAAAUCGAGAGAUGUGCAUAAGAAUCUGAACUUAAUUGAAGUAGCUGAUGCUUCAGGUUUCCUAGCAUCGCGAAUAUCUACUGGAAAGCAGAACCUUCUGUCAACAGUUGCCCUACAGACGGCUUCUUUGAGGUCGCAAGCCUGUAUUAGGUUUUCACAUUAAAGGGGAGAUGAGACUGUGGUGUCGCUUAUGAUCCUGAGCAUGAAUUCAUGCGUCGUACAAGAACCUGACAGCCCAAAUGAUAUGUAGGAACGCGCGCAUUUGUGGUUUUACGUGUCGUUUUGUUUUGCGCUGCGGAUUGCGAAGCGGAGCACCCGAAUCUAAUUUACUGUUAUGAUGCUUCGUAAGCCGAGCUGUGUACACAAGAGAAAAAAAAAAAACGGUUGUAGCAGUGGUCAGGUCGCGAUGUGGUCGGGGGGCUAUUGUGCCGUUGCUAUGCUGGCUAUCUCUUGUACAAAGAAAAGAAAAAUGACGGUAGCUUUUUUUCUCGAUGGAAAAAAAGCAUUAAUGUCACGCAAUCGAUGUGCUGUCUACUCGGGUGUUUCGUCAUAACACGCAGAUGGGGAAACGGGAUGAAAAACAUAUACUUGCGGUGUCGAAAAAAUGCGUGUGUAAGUGUGCGUGUCUGCGAACACAAUCACCCGUGUUUGUCUUUGUGGCGGGGUGGGUGGGGGGGGUGUCCUAAAAGGGAUGAUGGAAUACGAGGAGGAUUUUCCAUUGACCCGUCUACGUACUCGUGAAUGUGUCGUACGACCAUUUUCCCAAGCUGUUCGUGUAAAGCUACUCCGGAACUGGAUGUGCUUGUCGAGGAAAGAAUAAAGUAGCUCGGAGUCUCCAUGAAACUUCUCGCCCCCCCCCCCCCCCCCCCGACCCCUUCAUUUUAUCUCGCUUAGCGUAAUUUAUCGAAACUUAUCCAAUGGAAGGUACACUGUGUGUUGUGGAAGCACCGCUGUAGCUGCGAACUCUAUUUGCUGCUACAAACUAUUCGUUCAUUCAAUUGCACAAAGUGUGAGUGGCGUUUAUUAUUAUUAUAGUAAGUACUCUUGUGAAAGACCGAUUGUCCUCUCCUAUGCGUUCGUUGACUCCUGAACAGUGGCCGUUUCUUCUCCGAAUGGCUCAGAGAAACAGGAGGAAACCCGAGGUUAUGGCGAGAUGUGUAAGGUCGCUCGAAAACUCUGAAGUUCUGUUGACGUAUAAUCUGUCUGUAGCGGGAACAUUGAUUAUAAUCGAGUUGAGUUGAAUUAACUUUAUUUGUCCAACGGCUGUUCCUGUGCCCUGGGCUAGGCUGCCAGGGACACAUCGUUCGAGGAACAUCUUCCGAGGUCCUCGGCGAAGGCCCUGGGCCCGCUGGACGGCCUACACCUGGUCUUCGAGGGCCUCGCUGAGAAGGGCGGCUUGCCAUUGCUCAGCAAGGCGCUGAAAACAUUGUCCCUCUUCGGUCGUCCUGCCCGUAAAGCACCGCCGGCUAUAACUGAGCGAUGCAUUGCUUGACGAGGUGCAAGCGAGAUACAUAUGCACAGUUUUCUCGUUUGCUGAUGUGAUGGGGGAACAAAACACACGCACACACAAUCGAGCGAUCCCCGCAAAACUGUUUACGUGAGACGGUGGCGCUUUUCUGUAUUUAUUUCUCGCAUAAUUUUGCAAGCCUGCGGGAUUGAAGGAGUGUAAGUGGCCAGUCAGUCAAUCCGAAAUGUGAUGGUUUCUAAUUCCCUUCGUUAGCUUGUGACACCACGAAUUAUUUAUUCUCCGCACCGCUGACGAUGCCAUUGCUUCUCCCUGCUUAUGCGAGUCACAUGGCGUCUUUGUUAUGUGCAUAUUGUGUGUUGAUUGUGGACUGCGUUGAAUCUCUUCAUUCUUUCUUGUGGGGAAAAGUGGGAGCUCUUGCGAACGCGAGCUGUCUCUUGUACUCUAUUUUUCAUUCGUCUUCACGUUUCCCCGUUUUGCGUAUUCUAAAUGUACUCAGAGAUGACAAACCUAUCGAGAAAAAAAUGUACAUUCUCAGAGCGCGUGCUAUGUAGAUUGAAUGCUAAAUAAAGUUCGGUUCUUCCCAAAGA